AUGGGUGAUGCCACGGAUAAUGCAAAGAAUAAAAAUGACAAAACAGCAGCAACACUUGACGAAGCUAUGCUGUUGUCAGGGUUUGGAAUCUACAACAUCCUACACAUGUUGAUGUCUGGUUUGAUACUGAUGGGAAUGAUAAUGCAUUGCCUUGUGCUGGGGUACGUGAUACCGGCAGCACAAUGUGACUUGGAGCUCACAACGCAACAGAAAGGAUGGCUGUCUGCUUUGCCAUUCACAGCUAUUAUACUAACGUCAUAUUUCUGGGGAUGGUUAGCUGACACUAAAGGUAGAAGGACAGCCAUGCUCGGAUCGAUGUUUUUGGCUGUCAUCAUAAGUGCAAUAUCUAGUUUUGCACCGAACCUUACAUCGUUUGCUGUGUUACAAUUCGUUUCGGCUAUUUUUAUGACGGGUCCAUCUGCAGUGGUAUAUACUUUUCUUGGAGAGUUUCAUAAUCUACGCCACAGAGACAAGAUGGUCACGUUUGGAUCCGCUUUCAUUGGAAUCGGCACUGUAGUCUUACCAUGUCUGUCCUGGCUGAUUCUACCACUAAACUUCUCCUACUACAUGGAGUUCUUGGACAUUUACUAUCGGCCCUGGAGGUUGCUAGUCGUGGCUUGUACCAUUCCAUUCGUCGUCGCGACAACUUUUCUCUUCUUUGCACCAGAGAGCCCCAAGUUCCUCUAUUCUAGUGGUCGCCAUGAAGAGUGUUUGGAAGUAUUGAGAAUAAUCUACGCAGCCAAUAACUACAAGCCUAAAGAUAGUUUUAUUGUGAAGUCGCUGAUUGCAGAGAAUCAAGUCACAAACACAGACAAGGGUAAAGGCAUAACCGGUAUAUUGUCUUCUAUGAAGGAACAAACUUUACCAAUCUUCAAACCGCCACUCCUUCCCUGGAUUUGUCUCACCUGCUUUGUGCAGUUUGGAAUAUUUUCUGCAACAAACGGCUUCUACAUCUGGUUCCCGACUAUUUUGAACGCGUUAAGUAGCCAGGACAGCGCCAACAUGAAAAUUUGUGACGUCAUCGAGUUGACAAGAGCCAAAACUGCUGCUGAUUCUCUAAAUAGUACUACGAUCAUCUGUGACGACACAAUCUACACCUCAACAUUCGAGCGUUCAAUCUACGUUGGACUCGUCUUCUGUUCCAUGUACCUCAUUGUAGCCGUUCUAGUGGACUUUGUGGGCAAGAAGUACAUCUUGGUGGUGACCUUGACCAUCACUGGCAUCUGUGCUAUCAGUGCCAAUCUGGUGUACGACCAGCAAAUUGCUGUAGUACUGUUUGCUAUCUUCCAAAUGUCUGGUGCCUGUGUCGGGUUGACUAACGCUGUUGCUGUUCAAUUGUUUCCAACGAAGUAUAGGGGUAUGGCGGUCUGUUUAUCAAUGAUGUCGGGACGUACAGGUUCUAUGGUCGGAUCCUAUCUAAUUGGUCUAUUCUUGGACAUCAAUUGUGGAGCUGGAUUUUAUUUAUUCGGAAGUCUCCUGGUUGUAAAUGGUUUAACCUGUCUUACACUGCCAAAUAUGAAGAAAGAAAAGGUUCCUGAAACAAUGGCAACUGCACCAAAAGAAACUCAAGAACCUUAG